AUGUAUUUCGAUCCAGAAGAGAUCAUAAUGCCCUUCUCAGAAACUAUUCAUUCAAAUCAAAUAAAUAGUCCUAACACAAAUAACGAAGAGGAUAGAGAGUAGAAAAUGUAAUUUGGCACUACAGAUAUGAAGUCCUCACUAUAAAAGUAUUUUCAGAUGAAAGUGUCAGAGAUACAUCAAAGAAGAGAAGUGAGUGUAAAUAUGGAUGGGAGUCCAGAUACUCAGAUGUUCAGAUCUGCUAGAUAACCAGGAACUGAACUUAAAGAUAUAAAUUACAACCAGAAUCCCCUCGACAUCGAUCAAUUGCUCCAGAUAACGCCUGAAAUGAUCGAUGAAUACCUGGAAAAGCAUCCUCUAAAUGAGAUAACACCUGAUGCUUGGAAUAAUAUACCUUAUUGUGUUGUCAAAGCAAUUAAGAUUAUGCAGGAAUAUCUUGUAAGCAAAGACGUCGAUUAGUGGGAGAAAAAUGCCUAUGUUAACGAGUAAUUUGUGAAACUACAAAAUAUGUUUAAUAAGUUAGAAAGAAGAUAAAGAGAGGGAUCUGACAUGCUAUCAAAUGCAAUUGAGACAUUAAAGAGCACUCUUAAUGAUAAGAUAAAGAAAAUGGAGACCACAUUCGACGCUAGAUCAGAGCAUAUUGCUACGUAAGUAUUAAAUAACAAGAAAGCACAGACAUAGGAGAAUUUCAAAAUUCAACAGCAGCUUGAUUAGCAAACCACAGAUAUUGAUGAAAUGCAAAAGCAAGUCAAUAAGCAAUGUACUUAGAUGAAAAAUGACUUUGAAAGUAUGAAGAUGAACAUUCUUAAAAUGAAUGAGAAGAUGAGAAAUGAUUUGAUGGAGAGUUUUCUGAUCGUUACAGAGAAUACAUAUGAGGGUGAGAAUCUGAUCGUUACUAAAAAGAAUAUAAGGCAUUAUACUGUAGAGAAGAUAGAUCUGAUAUCCAAGAAUAUGAAUUAAAAUAAAUUGGAUAUAUUAGCCCAGCUUAAAGUUAUGAUGGAUGUAGAGCGAAAUGAGAACACAUCUAAGCUUAAACGAAUACAUGAAGAUUUACUCUUUGAGCUUAGCUCACUUAAGGAUAAUUUUAAUGAGAAAAAUUCGAAUGAUGAAGAAGCCCUCAAUUAAACUAAUGAAAAGAUUAGAAUCUAAAAUGAAUAAUUUAGAAUUACCUUCGAUGAAAUUAAAGAAGAGUUUAGUAAAAACGAUGAGGCUGUUACACAAUAAUUUUUAGAAAGAAUAAAUAAUGUUCAAGAGUUUAUAACAAAUUAAAAAGCCGAACAAGAUGAGACAUAGAAUAAGAUAGUAAAUGAAAUGAAAAUAUGCUAGGAUUAGAUUAAGUUUUUAAAUCCUAGAUUCUUAAAAAGAGAUGUUUUUUAAUUAACUUAAAAGCUUGUAUCUCUUGAGAAAAAAGUUGAGGACUUAGUGUUUGAGUAUAAUGAAACUUCUAAAAAUAACACUUAGAGAUAAUCAAACAAAGAACUAGAACCAUUGCAGAAGAGUGAGUAAGCAAACUAAAUUAUUUCUCAAGAUAAAGAUAAUAAGGAUGAAAGGACUUAGUAACCGAAAUAAGAAAAUACUCUAGCUAAAUAAAACAAAUAAACUGGACAUAAUAGUGUGAGAAGAUAAUCAGAAAUUAAUGAAAGUCAAUAAUAGCCUCCAUAACUAAAUAGUAAUGAUAAUUUAAAUAAUGAAACCGAAUAAGCUAAUUUGAAUAGCUAACGAAAUAAUAUUCAAAGUAUAACUUAUAAGCAGAACGAUGCAAAUCAAGGUAUCAAUAGUACAACUUUUAAUUAGAGCAGUGGUAUAGAGAUACCAACUUAAUUAAGGAAACAGCAAACUUUAAUUCGAAAACCUUUUAAGUAAGAUGGAUUGCAAAAUGAUGGAAACUAGACUUAAAAAUCAGGAUUCCAAAAAAAAGGUCCAAAUAAUUUAAAGCUGCUUAAGUAACUUAAAGAUUAGACUGAAAACUAAAUUGAUAAAGAAGAAGUUUAAAAUAUGAUAUCAGCUGGAAUCGAAUAAAAAGUACUAGAAUUUAGAGAUUCUUUCAUGAAAGAGAUAAAAGAGUAUAUAAGGGGGAUAUAAUCAAGUCUUGCUGGUAGUCAUGGAAUUCAAAGUAGAAUGUUCAAUGCAGCUGGAAAUGAAACAAGGAAAAAGAAAUAGUAGCAUCUUGAUAUUAGAUCAUAAGAUACUAUAAUUUCUCCACAGAACGUCUUUAAAAGUUUUGAUGACUUCAAGAAUAUAAUUUCUCAAAAGGAUAGCAAAGUUACUUUUAAGGAAUGGCUACUAGAAUAGAUUAAACAAAACAAAGUUAAUAUGGAUGAGGAGCAGCUUAAAGAGCUUACGUCUAUAGAGGAUUAAUUCAAUAACAUUUCUUUUGCUAGUUAAGGUAGUAUAAUAAAGUAGGCGAAACUCAGAGUAAGCAGCAAUUAAGCCAAUAAUAGAGAAAAAAUUAACCCAGAACUUACAAGAUAUAUUAAUGAAAUCUAGAAAUAUGGCAAGGAUUAAAAGAAGAAUCAGACCAACUCACUACUACGAGGAGGUGAUUCAAAUCUAUACAACCAUAAUAAUACUAUUAGCGAUCAGAAAAUGGUUGAGUUUCUUAAGUUUCAAGGCGCUGAUGGGAAGACAAGAAACUAGGGAUUUGAGCUUUCAAAUCAGGAGAGUCAAUCAAUGACAGAUAUAAUGUCUGAGGCUAAAUAUAAAAAUAUUGAAACAUUAAGCAGUAGACAUGAUAAAGGAUAUCAACUUCGGAAAAACCCCAUUCUUAAUACAUCAAUAGAAAGAUCCCAAAACGUUCAGUAAUUUUUAUAAAGUUUCACUUCAAGUCCUAAAAUUAACAAUGAUUAAAUGGAAAGAGAUGAACUUCAACUUUAGUUCAAUCAGCAAAAAGCUCUGAACAUGACUACUUUCACUUUUGAUAUUGAUAACUAGAACUCAAACAGAGAUAGCAUGAACAUUAGCCAAAGAUUUUUCGAAAAGAGAGGAAUGAGUACUGGAAGAUAACAAUUAGUCUCCUAAGAGAAAAAUAGAUAGAAAAAUACUGCUUCUAGAAUAAAUACAGCAAAUGGUCUAACAUAGCCAAGAAUUCUAGACAAAAAGAUCAACAAAGAUCCUAAUCAGCCCAUUCAAGUACAGUUUGAAUCAUUUUUAUGA